UUUGAGUCUGAGCAGGUUCCUGAGCUAACCGUCCGCGACGUUCACAGCGCGAGCUCCCUCUGCAAAAUGUACUUCAGGGAGCUCCCGACCCCCCUGCUGACCGACCAGCUGUACGACAAGUUCUCGGAUGCUGUUGGUGCCACUACGGAGGAGGAGCGGCUGGUCAGAAUGCGGGACGUCAUCCAGCAGCUGCCCGCUCCUCACUACAGGACCUUGGCGUAUCUGAUGAGACACUUGGCCUGUCUGGCUGGGCACUGCUCCACCACAAACAUGCAUGCGAAGAACUUAGCCAUUGUGUGGGCUCCAAACCUCUUAAGAUCACAGCAGAGCGAGUCUGCCUGCGCCAGUGGGAGAGCUGCCUGCACGGAACUGCAGACGCAGUCGUCUGUGGUGGAAUUCAUCAUCGACCACACAGACGUCCUCUUCUGCUCCACAUCUGGACGUGACCUCGCAGGUGGAGCAGGGCACAGUUCUCUCUCAGGGCCCCAGUCUGUGCAGGCAUCUUCUCCUGCUACAGAGCUGCUCAGCCUGGAGGAGGCGCAGGCACGGAGGCGAGGCCACAGCAGCUCUCCUGUGGUUGUGACUGAGAGCAGGGACAUAGAGGUGGAAGAAGGCCCCGCAGCUGUACGGGGGAAAUUCCACACAGUCAUCGACUUUCCAUCUGAAAGACCAAGUCCGCCCAGCAAGAUAAAGGAAUCACCAGCUGGCUGUUGGUGUUCCUGCUUCAGCCUGGGAAAACCAUCGUCUGGGGCCAAACGCCAGCCACAGCGCCGUCCCAGGGAGCCCUCAGAAAUAGAAAUCGUAGUGCUGGCAGAUGAACUGAGCCCUUGUCCACCCAGAAGAGCCGGAGCAAGUAGCGAAGCUGGGCUGUGUGCUUCCACCAGUGGAGAGCUCUUGGGAAGCACAAAUGGCUGCGGUUCACAUGACAGCCUUCCAUGUAACAACAGUGAUGGAGAGAGGGAGCUCAUCCAAGUUCAAGCCCUCAUUUCUCCCGGCUCUGCUGAAGAUGCUGACCUGAGCCCGCCAGGCACCACAGUCACCAGCCUGGACUGUGACCCAGCGCCUUUGCAGUGCAGCCCAGCCCAAGCACAGUCCGAGUGCCCCGACAGCAGCACCUCUGUGCAGGAGCAGGUCGGCAUCACCGAUGAGAAGCCGUGCCUCUUGGAGGGGGGCUUAGAAUCAGGCCCUCAGUCCCAGGCACCGUGCAGCGGAUCUGACAGCUCUGAGCCACUCUCUCCGUGA